GCCGCCGAGCCCUUCUACGUGCUCCCGAAGCGCUGCUCCGCGCUCGACGUGCGGCGAGGGACGGAGGAGGAGUUGGACGAGUGGGAGGCGAUGCUUCGGCACGCCAUCGCCGCGGCGGAGCACGGCGCGGGCAGGCCCGACUUGCAGCUGCCUCCGCCUCCUCCCAUCUCCGCAGCUUCGCCCUCGGCCUCCGGCGCGCCGCCUCCGCCACCCUCCUCCUCUCCCCCCCCGCCGCGCCUUUUCGCGCGCGCCGUCGCGUUGGUUCUCUUCAACGGAGGGUGCCUGCUCGCGCACUACGCGGCCGGCACCGCCCUGCUGGCGGCGGCUAUCCUGUGCAACCUCGCCAUUUUUGCGCUCGUGCCGCCGACCCCGCCGCCGCCGCCGCUGCAGCAGCGUCCCCCCGAAGCGCGCCGGACGGUUGCUGGCGCGGCACGGCCUAAGGCCGGCGCGGUUUGCGGCGCGGGCGCGGUGCUGGCCCGCUCCGGCGACGCGGCCGCCUUUUCGGUGCGGUGUGGGCCAGACUACCCCCGCCGAGGGCUCAAGGCGCCGUCUGGCCCGGCGAUCUACGAGCUCGCAGCGAGCGACUUCGGGAGGGCGCACGCGCGUCCGAGGCACAUCGCCGAGCUGAUGCAGCUGCCCGCGGCGGCGGAGGGGCCCGGCCGGCUCCCCGCGCUCCUCGUCGUGAGCAUCGUCACGCCGGUUGCGGCGCCCACGCUCUACGGCGAGCCUGAGACCGCGGAUUGCGUCGUCGCGGCCUUCUGCUUCCGCUGCACCGAAGCAGCGCAGGCCGCAUCGCGGGAGGCGCAGCCGGGGGGUGCCGUGGAGAUGCUGGCGCGCUUCAGCGCGGAAGCCGCGGAGAAGCGGAUGGAGGCGGGAGCCUUCAAGAUCAUCGCGCAGGCGGCCAACUGGGGCGAGAUCGGGCUUCCGUCGGCGAUGCGAAAGUUCAACGGCAAGCCGGUGCUGAUCCGAAAGUCGGCCGAGCUUUACCUCGGCGCGAGCUACGUCGAGAUCGACGUGUUUGUCGACCGCUUCUCCUUCCUCGCCAAGAGAGGCCUGCACAGCGUCAAACCGCAGGUCAAGCACGCCGACAUCGAGCUAGCCUUCCUCCUGCAGGCCACGGCCGAUGCCGACUUGCCCGAGCGCGUGCUGGCGUGCGUGCGCAUCCCACACCUCGACUGGGAGGCGCUGCCGGCGUGGCCAGCCGCCAUGUGCGGGUAGAGCAAAGCUUGGGAUGUGACGACGCCCUAAGGCGGGGCGGUGUGUGUGUGUGUGUGUGUGUGUGUGUGUGUGUGUGUGUGUGUGUGUGUGUGUGUGUGUGUGUGUGUGUGUGUGUGUGUGUGUGUGUGUGAGUGUGUGUGUGUGUCUGUGUGUUGCGCUUUGCAUCAUGCACCUCGCCUUUCUUACUGGGCCACGUAUGGGGACGUUUU